AUGACCGACUAUCGGAGUCAGUGGGCCAGGCGGGUCAUUCGUGAGAAGCUCUUUCAGGAGCUCACCCUGUUAAGUUCGAGACCUCCCUCUGGUAACGCGCCCAGGGUGCCUAUUGUUGGCAUGAUCCCCCCACCUGAGUCCCCUCUUGAUCUUCCACCGAUCGAAAGCCUUCAUAAGGGUGCUAACGGUGCACCCUCCACCCCUGAACUGCCCGAGGACUUUAAAGUAUGCAUCAUUGGAGCAGGCAUUGCGGGCCUCUAUAUUGCCCUGAUAUUAGACAAACUUCAGAUUCCUCAUCUAUCCUAUAAGAUUCUAGAAGCCAGCGACAGAGUUGGCGGCCGAGUGUACACCCACAACUUUUCACGCACCGCGCAUGAUUACUAUGAUAUUGGGGCGAUGAGAUAUCCCGAUAUUCCCAUCAUGCGUCGGACUUUCGAUCUUUUCAAAAUGAUGAAUAUUAGCACGAUACCGUAUUACCUGCAGGGAAAGAAUUGCCCCCAGAGAUUCAACGACCGCACGGUUCUGCCAACAGCAGUGACGGAGACUGACCCUUUCCAUGUGAGCGUUGCAAAGGGGGGGAGCGUCCCCAAUGAUGUGGUGGAUACGUGGAGCUCCAUCCUCGAGGCAUCCUUUAGGCCGUAUAAAGAUGAAAUGAAAAAGAACUUUGAGGAUGGCUUCGCGAUGCUCAUGGAAGUAGACAAUUACAGCACACGGGAGUACUUGAAACGUCCGGUAAAGCCGGGUGAGAUCGGUGGAUAUGACUUUUACUCGAUUCAAUGGAUGGAGACGCAGAAUACUUCGACAGGCUUGUUUGAUCAGGCGUUUUCGGAAAGUGUCAUGGAUUCUUUCGACUUUGAUUAUGGUCCCAACGUCCAGUGGCAUUGCAUCGAAGGAGGUACAGAGAUCCUGACGAAAGCCAUGCAAGCUGAGAUUGACAAAAAACCCGAACCACCAAUUCAGAAGAAUACCCGUGUCACAGGGAUUGGGAUUGAUCGGAGCAAAGAGGGAACAGACAACAACAUUAUUGUCCACUGCGCUGAGGGCGAGCCUCAGCCCUACGCAACUGUCUUCAACACCACCAGUCUCGGAUGUCUGCAACGCAUGGACCUGACAGAACUGGAAUUACAUCCCACCCAAAAAGAUGCAAUUAGAUGUCUCCACUACGACCACUCGGUGAAGGUGGCAAUCAAGUUCAGGCAUCCCUGGUGGCGAACAAAGUGUGGGAUUGUAGAAGGUGGCGUCGCCUCGACUGAUCUACCAUUACGCACCUGCGUCUACCCAUCCUACAACAUCCAUGACUCGGAGGACGAGCCGGCAGUCCUUCUUGUGUCAUAUACCUGGGCUCAAGAUGCAACCCGCGUGGCAUCUCUCGUCAAAAAUGAGGCCCAUCCACAGCCUGAUCCAGACUGUGCGCUGAUGCAAGUCAUAUUGUAUAACCUUUGGCUGCUCCACUGCAACAAUAUCAAGAGCGUGGAAGAUAUUAAGGAAGAAUACAUGGAGCAUCAUGCCUACUCCUGGAGCGAUGACCCUGAUAUGGCCGGCGCCUUUGCGUUAUAUGGCCCAGGCCAAUUCAGCAACUUUUACGCAUAUUUGACUCGGCCGGCGGCAGAUAGCAAAUUUCACAUAGUCGGCGAGGCCUCCAGUACCCAUCAUGCUUGGAUUGUCGGUGCACUGGAUAGUGCGUAUGCAGCAGUUCACCGAUUUUUACUUCGAUUCAAGCAGCAUGACUAUAUAACAAAACUAGAAAAAAUGUUUAAUACCGUUGACGAAUUGGAACCCGGCCUGCAUGGAACGGAAGAUUGGCAAGUUGUCCUGGGAAUGCUAAGGAAGGGGCAACAUGUCACCGUCUAA